AUGCUCUUUAAUAAAUAUAAAAAGAAGUUCACAAACACGAAACGGAGGUACUGCGACCUGCCUAAAAUUGACUUGCAUAAGAACAGAAAAAUAUUAAACCUGUUUGCAGACGAUGAAUCAUUAAGAAAUCUGAUUUUAGAGAAUUAUUUUAAAAUAAUUUUGGAAAAGGUUUUUGAGAAUUUCCAGAAAAAGAACUACAUCUUCGAGGUGUUUAUCCAUGUGGACAUUCUAAAAUUAAUAGACUCCACAAACUAUGCGGGCUGUUAUAUUACGAAGAAUUUCGUCGCGUUUACUAACGCGUUUAACGAAAUUUCCUACUCCCUCUUGUCCGAAUUUGGAAUGCGCUUUAAGAGAGAAACACCCGAGGACGACAUGGUGGAAUACCUGAACAUUAUCAUAAGCUGCAAAUUCAUUUUCAUCACGCUUAUUCCGAUGAACACCCCAUUAAAGACCGAUUGCAUCCUUAACCUGGCAAAUGUGAAUAGCCUGGGGAGCCCUUUCUAUCAUGUGAUUGAACUAGUUAAUGCGACACUGCUGGGCAAAGAUAAGAAGAGCUUUUUGUAUAAGAAGCUGUACAUGAGAGUAUGUGAUUGUUCAGGGAGAUAUUUGGCGCACCAGAAUAUAAUUGUGAAAAUUAAUAAGCUUGGGGAGAUGGACAACAACAAAGCAGAUAAAGAAGUGUGCGAAUUAUGCUACACGAAGGAGUACGAGGAAAUGGUUCAGAAGAGGCAAUUCAAAAAUUUUUACCUCUUGAAGUUUUCCUUCACGCGGGCGAUGGAUGAAUACAACAGCAGGGACGAAUGCACAACGUUUGACGUUUUAUAUCAAGAUGUUUUGGAAAAGAAUGAGACAUUUGAAAUUGGGCUCAAAUACAAUUUGAUAGUUGUAUCAAUACCUAACCAGCCAAAUAGGAACAGCAUUAAGGGUGCGCGCGUCGGGAACCUUUGGCUCCUGAAUUAUAGGAAGAACAAAACGAAAAAGCUCGAAUGCAGGUCGCUGUCGGUGAUAGAAGACACAAAUCUGAUGUUGUCCACAGAAAGAUUCAACUGUUUGCUACAACCCCAAAAUUUAGAAGAUAUGAACAGAAUUAUAAACGACAUCCUGAAUCUUCCUCCCAAGAAUUCUUGCUUGAGCAAUAUUUGCCGAACGACAAAGCUAACCUUAAUUUUGAUUAGCAUAUGCAGUAACGUUCUGAGAUAUGCCAAGUUAGAUACGUUUGCCCACGACUUAUACAACAAGCUGAACACAAACAAGUGGGUGGGCGCGGACGCCUCUCGUCAUGUGCUUACAGGAAUCAGAGCCCCGCACUGCUUCUUCAUUUGUCUAGAUGAAGUAAUAAUGGAGAACUUAGUGAAAUUUUGCAGUUAUUUUUGUAAUAUAAAAAUAUUGCAUGUAAAAGCAGAAUCCUUCAACAUUCUGUUUACACAAAAGUACGACAUCCUCGUGAUAAACAUAAAUAAUUUGAAUAGCCUUCAAAUUAACGUGUUGGUGGAUUUGAUGAAGAAUGGCGUGUACAGGUGGAAGAAGGCGCUCUUCCCUGUGUGCACCACGUUUUGGGUGUACGCGGUGAAAUCCUACAUACGGAGUGAGCAGGAAUUCAACACCUAUAUUAAGGGGAAUCUUCUGGCACGCUUCGACUUUUUAUUCGAACUGAAUUUUGAUGAUGAAGACGACAUCAUCGAGGAGGUGUUAAGAAGCACAGAUGAAGGUGGAAAGGAAAAUUGCAAUUUCUACUUUGACCUGAAUAAAAACUACUCCUAUUUGAAGAAAAACCAUUUGAUCGAUUUUGAAUUCAAGGGGAUGUGCAGGGAAACUAAGUCUAUCAUCCAGAAGUACUUCAGCAUGGCUGCCGACUUGUCAACCUUGACUGUGCACCACAUAGGGAUAUGCGAGCUGCUAUGCAUUAGUGCAUCUCUCCUUUUUAAGAAGAAGGAAUGCCUCAUUGAGCAUGUCGUCUUGGGAUUGUUUUUGUACGACAAAUUCGUAUCUUCUACAAAAAAUAAGUUAACCCAAUUUGACAAGAACAUACUGGACAGUGUGAUGAAUUCGCGGGAGGAGGGCUGCUCCUUUCAAAAGUUAAUGAAUUAUUUUUCCUCCUAUUUGGGUGCAACGAUGAAAAUGCAGUGA